CAACUGCCAAUUGACUUGAUGACUUACAGAAACAAGCAAUAAUAUACCACAUAGGCUUGGCGCAUGCUGAUCCAACCUCUCAGCUUUUACUCGCUACCACAACUGGUACGAGCUCUUCCAGUUGCACUUGACACCUUACGAUACGCGAUGCUCCUUAAAGGACAGCACCAUUUGCCCAAGGCAGGAGCCAUACCUCCUGCCCCACAUGUUCCAUCUCGCGCCUUAGCGGGGCGACACUUCUCGUCCACCGCGCAUCGCGCUGCGGCGACCGCUUCCAUUCGCUCAUGGCAUGGCAGCCACUCGCUCCGCUCCUCCGCCUUCUCACCAGCCGCUUCCUCAUCCUCACCACUUCCCUUCUCCCUGCUACCACUUAGCGCAUCAUCGGGCGCCGCUGCCUCGUCCCCACUCCCCCACCAGCACCCCGCAGCGCUGCUGAGUCGCCCAGCUGCCUCAAGCUCCCUCCCAUGGCAUCCUGUCAGGCCUGGCCGCCGCAGCCUGGUCACCUCCGCAGCCAGCGCGGCGGGUGCAGGCGGGGGCGGCGGCAAGCGCAUCACCCAGAACCAGUUCACGGAGAAGGCCUGGCAGGCCAUCGUUGCCGCCCCCGAGGCCGCCAAGGAGGGCGGCCAGCAGAUCGUGGAGACGGAGCACCUGCUUCGUGCGCUGCUGGAGCAGCCGGGUGGGCUGGCUAGGAGGGUGCUGGCCAAGGCGGGCGGCAACCCCUCGCGUCUGCUGGAGCGCACGGAUGAGUUCAUUCGCAAGCAGCCGAAAGUCAGCGGGGAUGCGGCGCAGGUGUUGGGUCGCAACCUGGAGUCGCUGGUGAACCGCUCCAUGGAGCUGCAGGGCCGCUGGGGCGACCAGUUCGUGUCCGUGGAGCACCUGCUGCUGGCGCUGGCGGACGACCCGCGGGUCGGUGAGGCGCUGCUGAAGGCGGAGGGGCUCACGCGAGACAAGCUGGAGCAGGCCAUCAAGGACGUCCGCGGCAGCAACCGCGUGACCGACCAGGACCCCGAGGGCAAGUACGAGGCGCUCUCCAAGUACGCGCGCGACCUGACGGCUGCAGCACGUGAGGGCAAGCUGGACCCGGUGAUUGGGCGCGAUGACGAGGUGCGGCGGACCAUCCAGAUCCUCAGCAGGCGGACCAAGAACAACCCGGUCCUGAUCGGCGAGCCGGGUGUGGGCAAGACUGCGGUAGUGGAGGGGCUGGCGCAGCGCAUUGUGGCGGGGGACGUGCCGCAGGCGCUGCAGGGUCGCACGCUCAUGGCGCUAGACAUGGGUUCGCUCAUCGCGGGCGCCAAGUACCGCGGCGAGUUCGAAGACCGGUUGAAGGCGGUGAUCAAGGAGGUGACGGACAGCGCGGGGCGCAUCGUGCUGUUCAUCGACGAAAUACACACCAUCGUGGGGGCGGGGGCGACGGGGGGUGCCAUGGACGCCUCCAACCUGCUCAAGCCCAUGCUCAGCCGGGGGGAGCUGCGCUGCAUUGGCGCCACCACACUGGAUGAAUACCGCAAGUACAUCGAGAAGGACCCGGCGCUGGAGAGGAGGUUCCAACAGGUCUACGUGGACCAGCCCAGUGUCGCGCAGACGGUGUCCAUCCUGCGCGGUCUGCGGGAGCGCUACGAGGUGCACCACGGGGUGCGCAUCAGCGACAGUGCGUUGGUGGAGGCGGCGGUGCUGAGCGACCGUUACAUCGCGGACCGCUUCCUGCCGGAUAAGGCCAUUGACCUGGUGGACGAGGCUGCUGCCCAGCUCAAGAUGGAGAUCACCUCCAAGCCGCUGGCACUGGACGAGGUGGACCGCAAGGUGCUACAGCUGGAGAUGGAGCGACUGAGCCUGGAGAAGGCUGCCAGUUCCGACCGCGCCGCCGCCGCCCGGCUGGCCUCCCUGGACGGCGAGCUGGGUCGUCUGAAGGAGCAGCAGCACGUGAUCACGGAGCAGUGGCAGGCGGAGAAGGCGGACAUGGAGAGGGUGCAGGACCUGAAGGAGGAAAUCGAGCGGGUGGGCAUCGAGAUCGCACAGGCGGAGCGGGACUACGACCUGAACAGGGCUGCGGAGCUCAAGUACGGCACCCUGCACACGCUGCAGUCGCAGCUGCGGGCGGCGGAGGCAGCGCUGGCCGCCCGGGCCGCCGCGGGGGGCAACGGGGCGGGGGCGGGCGGGGGCAGCAAGCUGCUUAAGGAGGAGGUGACGGAGGCGGACAUCGCGGAGAUCAUUGCCAAGUGGACGGGCAUCCCCGUCUCCAAGCUGGUGCAGUCCGAGCGCGACAAGCUGCUGCACCUGCCCGAGCAGCUGCACCGGCGGGUGGUGGGGCAGGACGAGGCGGUGCAGGCGGUGGCGGACGCCAUCCAGCGCUCCAGGGCGGGGCUGGCGGACCCCAACCGACCCAUCGCGUCAUUCAUGUUCCUUGGACCCACGGGUGUGGGCAAGACGGAGCUGGCCAAGGCGCUCGCUGAGUUCCUGUUCAACAGCGAGAACGCCAUGGUACGGCUGGACAUGAGCGAGUACAUGGAGAAGUACUCAGUCAGCCGCCUCAUCGGGGCGCCGCCGGGCUACGUGGGCUAUGACGAGGGCGGGCAGUUGACGGAGGCGGUGCGGCGGCGGCCCUACGCGGUGAUCCUGUUCGACGAGGUGGAAAAGGCACAUGCGGACGUAUUCAAUGUGCUGCUGCAGAUACUGGAUGAUGGAAGGGUGACGGACGCGCAGGGCCGCGUCGUGUCCUUCAAGAACGCCAUCAUCAUCCUCACCUCCAACCUGGGCUCAGCUUCCAUCCUGGAAAUGGGAUCAGCACUGGAAUCCGACCCGCCAGCCGCUCGCAGCGCCAUCCGGAACCUUGUCAUGGCUCAAGUCCGCACCCACUUCCGACCCGAGUUCGUAAACCGCAUCGACGAAUUCAUCAUCUUCGACCCGCUGGGACCGCAGCAGAUAGCAACCAUCGUACGGCUGCAAGCCCGCCGCGUCGCGCAACGCCUGGCGGAGAAGAAGAUCGGGCUGCAGAUGACAGAUUCUGCCGUUCAGUACCUCGCCAGUACGGGAUACGACCCGGUGUACGGCGCUCGUCCGGUGAAGCGUGCCGUACAACGGGAGCUGGAGACGGCCAUCGCCAAGGCGUUGUUGCGUGGGGAGUUUGUGGAGGAUGACACGAUUGUGGUGGAGGCGGACGAGGUGCUCGGAGGGCUGGUGUUGCGGCACGGGCCCAAGCUGUCGGAGGGGGGUGCAGCGGGCGAGGGG